UGUCAUUAGUUUUGACAUUUGCAACACAUGUUUUGUUUACAUACAUUUUUUAACUAAUCAAAAUUAAAUUAAUAUAAAAAUAUAAGAAACUAAUAAAUAAAUUGUUGCAAAAAAUGAGCGACCAACACGCAUUCAAAGCUGUUCCAACGCGAGCUGCAUUGUUGCUAAAAAAUAAACCUACAUUUACUGCAACAGUAUUUGAAGAGCCAAAAACACAGUCGGAAACAAGGCGGGAGCAAAAACCCGAAACCAUUAUCAAGCGUGAUAAACCACUUUCUUCAAACAACACACCAAAUAAAAAAGAUGAUUUGGAAUUUGAUAUUAAAAGGGCAAGACACGAAGUCAUCAACUUUGCCCUAAAUGGAGUCCAGGCAAAAAACAAAAAAAAGAUGCAAUUAGUGCAAGCAAUUAAACUCGGUGCCAAAGCUCCAAAAAAACCAUGCAAGAACUACAAGGAACUCUUGGGUGAAAAGAAGAGACUAAAACAAAUUAGGGAAGAAAGACAAAAAUUCCAUCAACUGGGUAAAAAUCAAACGGGUGCUGCUUCGGUUAGAUGUAGCAUACGAAAGAAUGUUGCUGCAGCUAAACGGAAGAACAACAAAAAGGCUCCAGUUAAUCACAUUUCGAAGAACUAUGGUGUUGUGAAUCCUAAGCUGGGGAAAAAGAAAUGAUUUUGUAAUAAAAAUAAAAUUAACAAAA